UUUCACCAUCAACCCAAACACACAACAAUCUCAUCCUUCUCUUUCUCUUCCAUUAAAUGCUCAUGUUUUGACAGGAACAGGAACAGGAACAGGGUCGUGUUUUUUACUUCCAUUUUUCAUCCAAUUGGCAAACCCAGCUCUGAUUUUUAUUUUCUCGUAUCCACCGCCGUUAAUAAUAGUUACCAUCGCUCAUGCCAAUGCUGUUAUUUUCCUAAAAGACAACCAAGAAAAAAUACAGGUAAACAUUGAAUACCGUUUUAAUUCAUGGCAACAACCAUAACUACAACGACAUCAAUUUCUGCAAAAACAUCGAUUCCUACUGCUCUGCACAAAGUCCAAGCGCAACCCAUCAAGCCCAAACGCCGCAACUGUAAAGAAACCACCAUUUCUUCCUCCGCUGCUGCCGCUACUACAAACCCCUGCUCCGACUCCGUUGUUUCCCCUGAUAGCUCUUGGUGCUGCCCUGCUUCGAAGCCUCUCCCUGCUCCGCCACCUCCCCCGCCUUCUCCUCCUCCUCUUCCGCCGCAAGCCUCCGGUGUUCAUGACCAGGGCUUGAACGAUUCUUUGGUUGGUUUCAAGAUCCGGUAUUAUCCGGGCAGUGUAUCACCCGUCAUGGACUUCACCGGCGAGACGGCGCUCUCUAACGGUCAUUCUCCCUGGAGUUUCACUAAGUUCAACUCUGCCCUUACGGCGGGUCUUCUGAACCCGAUGUCUCCGCCGCCUCCAACGGACAAGACACGGUCCAGUCCGACCCUUUUCGAAAUGAUGGCUAACGAACCCGAUAACAACCCAAGAAACCGAACCCAAAACCAAGCCCAGAUCCAAGUACCCAUUUCAUCUCCAAGACAAAACCACCCCCCUCCUGUCAUCGAUAAGCAGGCAUUGACCAUGCAACGAAUUUCGGAUCUUUUAUCGACUCGUAGCCCUGGGAACCAGUUCAACGACCCGAAUUCGAGUGAUAUGAAGCUGACGCUUAGUUCCAAGGAUGGAAUUAGUGUGACAAUGAACGUUCACAGGCAAAUACUGGUGGCUCACAGUAGGUUUUUUGCAGUGAAGUUAUCGGACCGAUCACAAGAGACGAAUGGACCUACUGGGCCGUACAGUGUGGAAAUAGCAGAUUGUGAUGACGUAGAGGUUUACAUUGAGGUUUUGAGGUUGAUGUAUUGUAAGGAUUUGAGGAAGAUGUUACUGAGAGAGGACGUCUCUAAGGUUCUUGGAAUUUUGAAGGUUUCAGCGGCAAUUGGCUUUGAUGCUGGGGUUCUUUCUUGCUUGGAGUACUUGGAAGCCGCGCCGUGGACGGAGGACGAAGAAGAAAAAGUGGCUUCUUUAUUGGCGGAGCUCCGCCUUGAAAACGUGGGAGCUGGGGAAGUUUUAAAGAGGGUGUCUAUUGAAGCUAGCAACGGAAUUGUUGGUGGCGAUAAUGAAGAAGUGCUUCUCAAGCUUUUGCAUGUGGUUCUUCAAGGCAAAGACGAAAAAGCAAGGCGUGAAAUGAAAGAACUGGUGUUGAAGAUGCUUCGCGAGAAUCCCUCUCAGAACGAUCUCCGGAAAGAGUCUUUAUACUCCGCUUGUGACGGCUGUCUGGAACUGCUUCAACGCCAUUUUCUCCGAGCAGCUUCAUCAGAUUUGCAGGAUGUGAAUCAGAUUGCUAGACAAGCAGAUAAUUUGCAUUGGAUUCUAGACAUUUUGAUUGAUAGACAGAUAGCUGAGGAUUUUCUAAAAUCUUGGGCUUCUCAGUCUGAAUUAUCUGCCACUCAUUCCAAAGUUCCAGCAAUCCAUAGGUUUGAAGUUAGCCGAGUUACUGCCCGUCUAUUCGUUGGAAUUGGAAAAGGGCAGUUAUUGGCGUCAAAGGAAGCGAGGUUCUUGCUUUUACAGACAUGGUUGGUACCAUUUUACAAUGAUUUCGGGUGGAUGAUGAGGCGAGCAUCAAAAGGCCUCGAUCGACAUCUAAUCGAGGAUGGUCUUAGUAACACGAUUCUCACAUUGCCUCUGGCAUGGCAGCAGGAUAUAUUGCUUGCUUGGUUUGAUAGAUUCUUGAACUCGGGUGAAGAUUGUCCAAACAUUCAAAGAGGUUUUGAAGUUUGGUGGAGGAGAGCGUUCUGGCGUUGAAGCAAUCAACUACAAGCUACAACAGCAACCAUUAAGAGCUCAUGAAAUUCCUAUUUCUGUGUUGCAUCGAGUUUUUUUCACAAUGCUCAUUCGUGUUCCCUAUAGAUGAAUGUAGUCUGGAAAAGACUGCAACAUCCUUUCUUAUGUUGAAACCAAACUAAUAUAGAAAGGCUAGAGAUAUGGGUGAUUUGUUUUUGUUUGUAACGGAGGGUCAUAUGUUUGAGAUAUAUUCUAGUUUAGGAUCCUUUCAAAAUGCCCCCAUUGAAGCUAUCUGCAACACUAGGGACUGAGACAUGGAAAAUCUUAGUCUGGACCAUGGUUUGGUAAAGGCCAUCUGCGAGAGAUGCUGAACCAAAGAUUGUUGGAUUUAUGGCUUCCUGAUCUUAGAUCAGUGCUAAAAGUAUGAUUGUAGGAUGCAGAGUACGCUGCAAUAUGAUGCAGAUGAGAAGAUUUGUGAGAAAGAAAACAUCAUGCCAA